AUGUUCCCGCAAUUCGGAGCAACGGCUGAUACGCUGAGCAAGGCGUCGACGAUCAUGUUCCGGAUCGGGACGGACGCGCACCUCUACGAUGAUCCUGAAGACGUUAACAUUGCGCCAUUGCUUGACAGCAAAUUUGACUCCGAGAAAUGCGAAGCUCUCAAGCGCCUGCUGGCUCUCAUUGCUCAGGGAUUCGACGUUUCCAAUUUCUUCCCCCAGGUGGUUAAAAACGUGGCAUCUCAUUCGUUGGAAGUGAAGAAGCUGGUUUACUUGUAUCUCCUCCAUUAUGCUCAAAAGCGUCCCAAUGAAGCAUUACUGUCGAUAAAUUCAUUCCAGAAAGACUUGGGGGAUACAAAUCCAUUAGUAAGGGCAUGGGCUCUCCGUACUAUGGCUGGAAUUCGUUUACAUGCCAUCGCUCCUCUUGUUCUGGUUGCUGUCGGGAAGUGCGCUAGAGAUCCCUCUGUGUAUGUUAGAAAAUGUGCAGCCAGUGCUCUUCCAAAAUUGCAUGAUUUGCGUUUGGAGGAACACUCUUCUACCAUUGAAGAGAUUGUUGGAACAUUGUUAACUGACAAUUCACCGGCUGUAGUGGGUGCUACUGCUGCCGCAUUUUCUUCUGUCUGCCCAAAUAAUUAUUCAUUGAUUGGGAAAAAUUAUAAAAGGUUGUGCACUAUUCUUCCUGAUGUCGAGGAGUGGGGUCAAAUAGUCUUAAUUGGAAUUCUUCUGCGCUAUGUCAUAGCGAGGCACGGGCUGGUGAAGCAGUCGAUGAUGUUCCAUCUGCACAGCAAAGAACAUUCUUCAUCUGAAAAUGAUGAUUCAGAUGCUGACUCCAAGUUCGGAAAAGAGGGCAUUGACCCCAUUAAGAAAUAUGACUCUGAGCUGGCUAGCAUGAUAUAUAGGUGUUACAUCGAAGGACCUGAUGACUAUUUAUCACGUUCAAGUUACUCCAACAAGGUGUUCUUGACAUUUAGUGGUGCAAAGUUUACAUCUAGCAAGAAUAACGAGGAUGUGAAGAUCCUACUUCAAUGUACAUCACCAUUGUUUUGGAGUAACAAUAGUGCAGUAGUAUUGGCAGCAGCUGGUGUACAUUGGAUUAUGGCACCAAAAGAGAACAUCGAAAGAAUUGUUAAACCACUGCUAUUUUUGUUGAGAUCAUCAAGAAAUUCAAAUUACGUGGUCCUUUGCAACAUUCAAGUGUUUGCUAAAGCAAUGCCUUAUCUAUUUGCUUCACACUUCGAGAACUUUUUCAUACUAUCCACAGACUCUUAUCAGACAAAAGCCUUGAAGCUUGAGAUUCUUUGUACUAUUUCUACAGAUUCAUCUAUUGCAUCUAUCCUCAAGGAAUUUCAGGACUACAUUAGGGACCCGGACAGGAGAUUUGCAGCUGAUACAGUAGCUGCAAUUGGUUUAUGUGCAUUGCAACUUCCUAAAAUGGCUAGUACAUGCUUGGAAGGGCUGUUGGCAUUGACUAGGCAGGAUUCUUUCACUAGUGACGCCUGGGCUUCUGAAGAAGAAGCAGGUGUUUUAGUUCAAGCUAUAAUGUCAAUUAAAAUGAUUGUAAAGCAGGAUCCUCCUAGUCAUGAAAAGGUUAUUGUUCAGUUAGUCCGUAACCUAGAUUCCAUCAAGGUACCUGCAGCCCGUGCAAUAAUUAUUUGGAUGUUGGGAGAGUAUAGCAAGGUUGGGGAGAUAAUUCCGAAAAUGUUAAUUACUGUUCUUAAGUAUAUUGCUUGGAGCUUUACUUCAGAAAGCUCAGAAACAAAGCUGCAGACUCUAAACACAGUUGCUAAGGUACUGUCAAAUUCAAAAGGUGGAGAUCUAGAAACAUUAACAAAAAUAGGUUGUUAUGUGCUUGAACUGGCUGAGUGUGAUAUGAACUAUGUUGUCCGCGGAAGAGGCUGUUUCUUCAGGAAACUUCUUUCAAGUCAUUUGGGCUCAAAGAAAUUGGAAAAUGAGGUGGCCACUUCCUCUCAAAAUGAAGGCCUUCUCAAUGUACUUGCCGAACACAUGUUUCAUGAACAAGCAACUCAACAGUCCCCAGUACCAGUCAAUUACCGAGUCUAUCUCCCGGGAUCCCUGUCACAGAUAGUACUUCAUGCUGCCCCAGGGUAUGAACCACUGCCCAAGCCUUGUACUAUUCUUGAUGAUGCAGAUUUUGAGGCAGAGGUGCCGGAACAAGAUGGUUCUGAUUCAUUUACUGGAUCUUUGGAUGAGGAAAGUGGUUCUUACAAUGGCUCUGACAACUCAGUUGCUUCUGGUGGCAAUACUGAUAAUGGCGAGACUGGUUCCUCAAGUGAGGAUGAAAACAUCCAAGAUCCACUGAUUCAAAUAUCUGAUGAGAACCAUCUCCGGCCAGCUGGUUCUGCUGAUCUUGAGGAACUUAUGUCAAGAAGAGAUUUAGAAACUUGGUUGGAUGAUCAGCCCAGUUUACCAAAUUCAAGUAUACCCGAACAGAGUAAGGUCCCUAGGUCAGCAAGAAUUUCAAUUAAGGACAUUGGGAAGCGAGUGAUACCUAAGACAUAUGAACUCUUAGACCCUGCGAAUGGAAAUGGCAUGAAGGUGGAUUAUACGUUUUCAUCUGAAGUUUCAACAAUAUCACCUCAUGUUAUAACCAUACAAGCUUCUUUCGAGAACUGUUCCAGUGAGACUAUCUCAAACAUAGUGUUGAAGCAUGAGGACUUCACGACCAAGCCUUCAGAUUCUUCUGAGAGCUCUUCUCAGGACGAUGUACCGGCAUUGAUUCCUAUGGAAGAGAUUACUUCUCUGGAACCUGGUCAGGCAACUAGGGAGACAAUUCAUGUCCGCUUCCACCACCAUUUGUUGCCCUUGAAGUUGGUCAUAUAUUUCAAUGGCAAGAGUCAUCCAGUUAAAUUGCGACCUGACAUUGGGUAUUUUGUAAAACCACUUCCAAUGGAUGUUGAUGCAUUCAAAGACAAGGAGUCUCAUCUUCCAGGAAUGUUCGAAUGCACAAGGAGUUGUAUCUUCAAAGGCCAUGUAGACUAUCUAAACAAGGAAAAGGGAAAUCACACUUUCGCAAAAGACAAAUUUCUGGUAGUCUGUGAGAGCAUAGCAUUAACAAUGCUCAGCAAUGCCAAUAUCUUCCUUGUAUCCGUCGACAUGCCAAUCGCUGCUAAGCACGAUGAUGCAUCUGGCUUGUGUUUGCGGUUCAGCAGUGAAAUCCUUAGCAACUCAGCCCCUUGCUUAAUUACCAUCACAGCUGAAGGUAUAUGCUCCGAGCCAUUGAAUGUGGUGGUGAAAGUCAAUUGUGAAGAAACCGUGUUUGGGUUAAACCUGUUAAAUAGGAUUGUUAAUUCCCUUAGUUGA